AAAUCAGAAAAACUAUGGCUUCGGCACAACCUCCAAACUUCUCCUGGGUAGAUCCUGGUAAGGUUGCAGGCCUGGCAAUGCCCCGAAUGACGGCCCACUAUCAGUACCUGCUGAACAACGGCAUCAAGCAUCUGGUGACCCUGAGCGAACGCAAACCUCCUUACCAUGACACCUGUCCAGACCUGACCCUUCAUGCUGUUGCGGUGCACUGUUUGCAUGGUUUUGGGCGGACAGGGACGAUGCUCGCCUGUUACCUGGUGAAGAGCAGGAAAAUCACCGGAAUCGAUGCCAUUAAUGAGAUAAGAAGCAUUCGCCGAGGGUCCAUUGAAACCAGAGAGCAGGAACAAAUGGUGGUGCAGUUUUAUCAACAAAAUAAGGUGUAAAAUAAGAAACAUUUAUGAUGCAGAUGUUUAUGAAUGUUAUACAAAGCAAUAAAGAAUUAUUUA